CCCUGCACCGCUUUCUCCUCUUCUGAGAACUGUGAUGCUGCUGCGGUUUGCCUUCACCUUGGGGCAUCCCCGCGGGGUCGCGGCUCGGUAUAUACACGGCAGCUCCCCGACCCUCAGAGCCAACAGGAGCAGCGCACGCAGAGAUGAUGGUCCCGGUGCUCCUGGCGCUGUGCAUCGCCCUUACGGAUGCCCUGACUGCCUUCCCCCCGAAGUUUCUGGUGGGGAACAGGGACCAGGAUGUGGUGGUGAAAUGCAACACCUCGAGGCAGGAGGUGACCUGGACACAGAACGGGGAGCCGGAGCCCAUGGCUGAGCUUGUGACCGAGGGACAGACUCUCACCAUCCGCGGCUUGGACCAGCCGGCCACCGGCAACUACAGCUGCUGGGCUGGGGGUGUCCUGCUGGACAGCACCUACGUGGUGGUCGGGGACAGCGGAGAGAAGGGCAGGAACGCCUCCUGCCAGGCUGAUUCCUACCGCGGCUCCUUCCGCUGCUCCUGGAUAGGGUCCCACUCCACCGUCUUCCGCGCCCGCCUCACACACAGCGACGGCUCUGUUGGGGACUGGGUGCCAGCAGCCAGGCACGGCAGGCGAUUCAGCGCCAACUUCACGGACCCCUCCUUCUGCCCCUUCGCAGAGGAGCUGCGCCCGCUGCAGCUGCACUUCGAGGGCAUCUCAUACACCUCCUUCUACAACUUCUCCAUUUACUUCUUUGUCCGUGAUAUUGGUGAGCUCAGCCCACAGACGUCCCCAGGGUGGGGUCGGGGUCCUGGGAGCCCCAGUGGGCCACAGCCCCAUGCUGAGCCCCGCUGUGCUCUGCUGCCCGCAGUGCGGCCCGACCCCCCGCAGGAGCUGACUGCGCACCUUCGGGAGGGGCAGCUCCACCUGGCCUGGGCCCCCCCCGCCUCCUGGCCGCUCCCCAAGUCCUACUUCGCCCUCCUCUACUGGCUGCAGUACGAGCUCCCCAACGGCACCCAGGUUGACACCUUUGUGGAGGGCACGGAGAAGAUGAGCCUGCAGGAGCGCGUGCGCCGGGUGCGCAUCAGCUGCCAGGACCCCUACACCUACACCAACACCUCCUGGAGCCCCUGGAGCAGAUGGCGGGAGGUGGACACAGCCCGGCCGUGGCGGGGCUGAGGGGCGCAUAGCCCUGGGCUGGGGGCUGAGGGGCAGCACCUCCGGGGUGAGGAGGCCAGAGCUGCCCGCUGCC